AUGAAAGUAUUUCGCGUCACGGUUUUGACGAGUAUCAUCGCAGCUGGGAUCAAUGCUGCGGAGCACCAACAAUACCUCGGACCGGGAGCUGGAAGCUGGCCAGGUGCAGCAGGCAUCAACUCUGAAUCGCGGCCGAAUGUUGUUUUUAUCUUGACGGAUGAUCAAGAUGUUCAUCUGUCGUCGCUCGAUUACAUGCCUUUUGUCAGGAAGCAUCUGCUCGAGCAAGGGACAUAUUUCAGCAAGCAUUACUGCACGACGGCUUUGUGCUGUCCCUCGAGGGUAACUCUCUGGACGGGGAAAGCCGCGCACAACACCAACAUUACAGAUGUCGAUCCUCCUUACGGUGGGUACCCGAAGUUUGUCACUCAGGGCUUCAACAAGAACUACUUGCCGGUAUGGCUCCAGAAAGCUGGGUACAAUACGUACUAUACGGGAAAGCUAUUCAACGUCCACACCGUGGACAAUUACGAUUCCCCUUAUGCUGCUGGCUUCACGGAGUCCGACUUUCUCCUGGACCCAUACACCUACAACUAUCUGAAUAGUACAUUUCAGCACACGGGAGAGACUCCCAGGAGCUACGAAGGCCAGUAUAGUACCGAUGUUCUCGCUCAGAAAGCGUACAGUCUCCUUGACCACGCGGUGCAGGCCGAGGAGCCAUUCUUCCUCACGCUGGCUCCGAUUGCUCCCCACGCCAAUAUAGAGAUGAAUGGCAGCGCGCUGGAUGAUGGUCACACUCUCAAAUUUGGAUCUCCAGUUUCAGCAGAGAGACAUAAACAUCUGUUUAAAGAUGUGAAAGUGCCCAGGACCGAAAGCUUCAACCCAGACAACCCAUCUGGAGCGAAUUGGCUUCUGGGGCUUAAGCAGCAGAACAAAUCCAAUGUGGACUACAACGACCACUUUUACCGACAGCGGCUACGAGCACUUCAAGCAGUGGAUGAGCUAGUGGAUGGCCUCUUCGAGCGACUUGAAGCGCACGGCAUCAUGGACAACACGUACAUAAUCUACAGCAGCGACAACGGCUUCCACAUCGGCCAGCACCGCCUCCAACCCGGGAAAUCCUGCGGCUACGAAGAGGACAUCAACGUUCCUCUCAUCAUCCGCGGACCCGGAGUGGCAAAGAACCACACCACGAGCAUGGUCACCACGCACACGGACCUCGCUCCGACGUUCUUCCAUCUCCUAGGCAUCCCACCGCGUGACGACUUCGACGGCACCGCGUUCCCCGUCACCGCAGCCGGGAUCGAGAUGGCGAAGGCGCGACGCCGCGAGCACGUCAAUGUCGAGUACUGGGGCUUUGCCAGCGGAGAGGGCAAGUACGACAACGAGAUCCUGCACGAGAACAACACGUACAAGGCCAUCCGGAUUCUCGGGCCGACGUACAACCUCUUCUACUCCAUCUGGUGCACCAACGAGCACGAGCUCUACGACAUGGAGGCAACCGGCCUCCCAAUCUCCAAGGUCGUCGCCCGUCUGGACUCCCUCCUCUUCGUCCUGAAGUCCUGCCGGGGAAUCACGUGCCAGCAGCCGUGGCAGACACUGCAUCCCCACGGCGACGUCCUCACGCUCGAAGAUGCCCUGUCAAGCCGCUUCGACCGCUUCUACGAGGUCGAGCAGCAGCGGGUCGAGUACAACUUCUGCUCGAACGGGUAUCUGAUCGAGGCCGAGGGACCGAUGUGGGAGACCCAGGGGAGCAUGUUUCGUCAUGGUUUGGGGUGGUAUGAGUGGGUCUAA